AUGUCCGAAGAACGCUACGCUGUGCUCCGUGACUCCGACACAGAAAAUGGCGAGAACGAUAUCUUUUUACACAAAGCGUCUUACAACGGCCGUACCAGGCAUCAUUGGGGGCCCUACUGGGCACUUCAUGGUGUGCUACUUCUCGCAUCAAUUGGCUUCUUCACGGCAUCUGUUGUGAGGUUUCGACAGGCAUCUGCUUGUUUUGACCCAAUUGAGCCCCUUUACACGCGUGAAUUUGACAGUGCAUUUAAAGCGGCAUCACAGAAGCGGAGCUGGGUGCUCAAGGGCGUCCUGGACGAGCCCUCUGAAUAUCGCGGGCCACCCAACCCUGAAGUCGACGCUUCGUGGGAUCGCAUCACAAAGGGCGGCGUCUUUUCCAUUCCCGAAGAAGAAAUACGCCAAAUGGGAAAACUCACCAACAGCAGCGUUCGCAUCCCCGCUGAGUAUGGGGGCGGGUAUAUGGGCUCGAUGGAAGCCUUUCACCAAAUGCAUUGCCUGGAUCUCUUGCGCAAGAACUCGUACUCGGAAUAUUACGCUGUGCAUUCUGAGUCGUUUGCAGGCCAUCUUGCGGUGCCGAAAAAGUUCCGAAUCCACCUUGACCACUGUAUCGAGAUGCUGCGACAAGUGAUCAUGUGCAACGCCGACAUGCACGCCAUCACCUACAAUUGGGUGGAUCACACAACCGAGCCGUGGUUGGACUUUAGCAUCAAUCGACAAUGCCGCGACUAUGACAAAGUCGUCCAGUGGAUGGACGGCGCGAAAAUCAAAACAAACUUGCCAGGAGGGACGCUGCAGCGGCCAGAGGGUGCGCAGACCAAGAAGGGCACUCACCCUAUAGGCUAG